GCCUCCGCAAACGCCGCAUGACUUCGCUGCGUUCAAGCAAGGUUCCGGAGCGCGACCUAUUGGAAUUGCUGUGAAGUAAACUUGUCACCAAUCCAGCCGAUUUGUCAAGUUGCGGUCGAGCCUGACAACAGCCCAACUGUUAAUAGCCUUGAGCCAAGCUGCAUGAUCGGUAAGCUACAGGAGUUCCGACGAAGCUGCGUGUCGCGUCCAGUGGCUGACGUCCUGACCCUGAUCGAGGUGCCCCGGGAGCCGAAGCCGCCUGGUCAUGGACGUCUCUGAGCUGCUCUCCUAUAAGCCCGACCAGAACACCAAGCGCCACCUGGAGGGCGAGGGCGACGACGAGGACGAGCCGCCACUGAAGCGGCCGGCGCCGCGGCCGGACGUCACUGCCGCCGCCGACGAGCCGACUGCCGACGACAUCCUGCGCCUGGUGGAGCAGGAACCCCAGGCCGAGCCACUCGACGAGAACCUGCUGAAGCGACUGGUGCUCUCGCUGGAGAAGCGCACGCUGCGCAACCAGGAGAUGCGCACCAAGCACGCUGACCAGCCGGAGCGCUUCCUCGACUCGGAGCUGGAGCUGCACGAGGCGAUCCAGGCGCUGCACGCGGUGGCCACGGCCCCCGAGCUGUACACACGCCUGGUGCAGCUGGGGACGGUGGCGUCGCUGCUGGCCCUGCUCGGCCACGACAACACGGACAUUGCCAUCGCUGUCAUCGACCUGCUGCAGGAGCUGACGGAUGUGGAGACGGACACGGAGGCCGGCGAGCGGGGCGCUGAGCGGCUGGUGGCGGCGCUGCUCGAGCAGCAGGCCGUCGCCGUGCUCGUGCACACCAUGGAGCGGCUGGACGAGGCCGUCACCGAGGAGGCGGCCGGCGUGCACAGCGCUCUCGCCAUCGUCGAGAACGUGACCGAGCUGCGGCCGGCCGCCUGCCUGCCGGCCGCCCAGCAGGGCCUCAUGGCCUGGCUGCUCGGUCGGCUGCAGCUGAAGGCGCCGUUCGACGCCAACAAGCUGUACGCCAGCGAGAUGCUCUCAGUGCUGGUGCAGGGCCACGAGGAGAACAGGACGUUGCUCGGCGAACUGGACGGUAUCGACGUGCUGCUGCAGCAGCUGGCUUACUACAAACGCCACGACCCGGCCUCCUCUGAGGAGCAGGAGUGCAUGGAAAACAUGUUCGACUCGCUCUGCUCGGUCCUGCUGUUGGCCGAGAACAAGGACCGCUUCCUGAAGGGCGAAGGCCUCCAGCUGAUGAACCUCAUGCUCAGGGAGAAGAAGCUGUCGCGGAACGGCGCGCUGAAGGUGCUCAACUACGCCACGUCAGGUCCGGCGGGCGCAGACAACUGCAACAAGCUGGUGGAGAUCCUCGGUUUGCGCACGCUCUUCCCGCUCUUCAUGCAUACGCCGCGCAAGCACCGGCGGCGCGGCCUCAGCGUGGAGGAGCACGAGGAGCACGUGGUGUCGAUCCUGUGUGGCCUGCUGCGUCACUGUCGGGGCCAGGUGCGCCAGCGCAUCAUCACCAAGUUCACGGAGAACGACUGUGAGAAGGUGGACCGGCUCAUGGAGCUGCACUUCAAGUAUCUGGACAAGGUGUACAACACGGACGUGGGCCUGGAGCAGGAGCAGGAGCUGACCGACGAGGAGCUGUACGGACGGCGGCUGGAGGGCGGCCUCUUCACCCUCCAGCUGGUGGACUUCAUCGUGCUGGAGGUGUGCGCGGCCGGUGCCGCCCAGGUCAAGCAGCGCGUCAUGCAGAUGCUGAACAUCAGGAACGCCUCGGUGAAGACCAUCAGGAACAUCAUGCGGGAGUACGCCGGCAACCUCGGCGAAGGGGACGACUCGGAGGAGAGGCAGGCGGAGCAGCAGCGGAUACUGCAGCUUGUCGACAAGUUCUAAAGCCCCUUCGCCCCCGUAUAGCUCGCAUCGCGUGAUCACAAUACAUUAUUAUCAUUUCGA